UCUCAGGAUCAUGAAGGUCUCUGUGGCUGCCCUCUCCAUCCUCAUGGUCAUGGCCUUCAGCUCUCUGGCAUCUUCUGUACCAAUGGGCUCUGACCCUCCCACCUCUUGCUGCUUCUCCUAUGUCAGCCAACAGAUCCACAGAAAAUUUGUGACAGACUAUUAUGAGACCAGCAGCCUGUGUUCCCAGCCAGCUGUGGUGUUCCAGACCAAGAGAGGCCGUCAGUUGUGUGCCAACCCCAGUGAUGCCUGGGUUCAGACCUAUAUGGAGGAACUGGAGCUGAACUGAGAGGCUCAGGACCUUGCCAAUUAAUCCUCAUGGAACACAGACCAAGCUAAGAAAUUCUGCAGUCAGAUUUAAUCUCUGUGACUCCAGCUUUCCUGAGAUCUUCUCCCCAUUAUAAUUCCUUUUUAUCUGUGAUAUUUAGUUCAUUUAAAUUAUUUUGUAGCAGCUUUGGGUAUUUGAUUGCACUAUUUGCACUUCUGGAAGACAUUUGUCCCUAGUGGGGACCCUCAU